ACCCCCAAAAUCGAAUUCUUGUUUUUGCUCAGCCUCGUUAAGGCAACCACGUGCUCGUAUUUAUUUCUUCUUGGGGGUAAUCCAGAGUAAAGACGAUCACCAAUUGGAUCGAGACCUCCUCGCCCCCAUAUUGCCAAUGAAACUCAUCACGCUCUAUGGCCCAACUCAAUUCGCUAUCCUGCUGGUAUUUCGUCAUGCCGAGGCUGAAUGGAGAAGUCACAAGGCUGGGCAACAACCCCCAAAGCUCGAAUUCUUUCCAGACCGGCCUUUCCCGCCAUAUGCCAUCCUGUCGCACACAUGGGGUCCGACCGGUACAGAGAUCACGUUCCGGGAUAUGGAAGCAGGGCUAGAGAAGACUAAACCGGAAAGCUACCAGAAGUUGAACUACACGUGCCUUCAGGCGGAAGAAGAUGGUAUCUUAUACGUCUGGAUCGACAACUUCUGUAUCGACAAAGAAAGCAGCGCUGAACUAUCUGAAUCUAUCAACUCCAUGUAUGCUUGGUACAACGAGGCUAAAAUCUGCUAUGCUUUUAUGGCAGACGUAAUAGCAGAUGAGGAUGCGCAGACGAGCACCGAAUUUUCCCAGAGCAGGUGGUUUACGCGGGGAUGGACACUACAAGAGCUGAUCGCGCCGAAGGAGGUAAUAUUCUAUUCCAAAGAUUGGUCGCAACUAGGCACACGCACAACUCUAGCGACUGUUAUCUCGCGUAUAACGAGGAUUGAUCAAGGAAUUCUAACGAGAAUCCACGGGCUUGAACAUGUUAGCAUAGCCAAGCGCAUGUCUUGGGCGUCGGAUCGAAGAACUACCAGGCAAGAAGACAUGGCAUACUGUUUGCUAGGAAUCUUCAAUAUUAGUAUGCCGAUGCUGUAUGGAGAAGGGGGCGAGAAGGCAUUCCGGAGGCUGCAAGAGCAGAUCAUGCAAGACUCGGACGAUGAGACCCUAUUUGCAUGGACGAACCCGGACGCUGAGCAAUCUGAACUACAAGGUCUACUGGCAAAAUCGCCCAGAGACUUCCGGGAUUCGAGCACCUAUCUGCCAGACUAUGACCGAAGCGCAGUGUCGCCAUACUCCACGACCAGUAGAGGCCUUUGCAUCACCCUUGGCCUGGUGCACUUCGAAGAUGAUAUUUGGGUUGGUUCGCUGGACUGCCCUGUGCCCCCCACAUACGACACCAACUUGGCGAUAUACCUCAAGCUUUUGAACAAGAAAAGCCAACAAUACGCCCGCAUUAGGGCAAAUAGACUGUGCAAAGUCCCGCACGGGGCUCCACGUCAAACAAUAUACGUUCGGCAGAAGCCUUUGAUACCGGGGUUUGAUGAUAUAUAUCUCCACCAUGCGCUUCAGUUGCGAAACCUGAAAAUUCUCCAUGGGUCUGCAGGAGUCGAAAAAAGUCUGGAAGACAGUGAAUAUCGUUUUAUCGACAUAUUCAAGAAUCCUCUGAGUAGUGUCGUUCCACCUCUGCCGACGUCAGCACCAAUAGGUCUCCCUUUGAAGGCUCUGGAACUUACCAGAGGACCUCAUCAACUUACGGAAGCAGUUAUUCUUCAAAGACCCGACGAAAGCUACGUAGCCAUUCUGCUUGGGUCUAAGCCAGGUCUUGGUAUUGGAGUCCGUGUUGUAGGGCUGCCGAUCCAGAUGUCUCCUGUUGAACGUCCAGAGACCGUCUUUGAUGAACUGGUACCCUAUUUUGCUCCCCUGGCUCCCGAAACUUGGCUUGACCUUGGCUACGACAGGUAUCAAGUUAACAUUCAGGCCAAGGUCCACGCAGGCAUACGUUACAACAUGGUGGACAUUGUUAUCAAGGCCCCGCCAUCACCGAUGGAUAUCUUGGAUGUGGUUCCUGAGUUAAGCAAGAUGAUCCAUGAUAAUCGCAAGAAAAGUUGGCGGCGGAUGUUACCAUAG